GCUGGCAGCCGGUUUUUUCUCUUAGGGUCACUCAGACGAGUGUUGAGUCAUCACGAACGCAAAAGGGCAGUAUGGCGAUGGCCGAGUGGGGAAGAAGGCGAGACGUGCCCAUGUCUCGUCCCAUUCUCUUUUACGCUAAAACGUCAUUCCCCAUAACCCCUGCUGAAUUUCGAGAGAAAAACAGGCUGCCAGCAGUCUUACAGACAAGGUUCUCGAGCAACCCGUGGGUUUUAAUUUCACAUUUUACGUUUAGCACACUAACAACUUUGUUUUCGCGUUUUCCUGUUAACCAAAAAUGUAUGAAUUCCUUCAUCGAGCCAAAUUUUGCUCGUUAGAGGCUAAGAAUGGUCAAUUGGACCGAUUUAUGGCGAAAACGAACGUUUUGGAGAAAAUUUGUGCUUUUCUUUAAGGUGGUGAACCAUAUGCGGGGAUUAAAACACGCGACGUUGUUUAUUUACUUGGAAAAGGAUUCAGAAUGCGACGUCCAAAACACGUCGAUAAGGAGCUGCAUGCAGUUAUCUCGUCAUGCUGGAACGAAGAUCCUCUAAAGAGACCCACUUUCAAGGCUUUGCAAGAAACACUGGAAAAACUGGAAAGGCAGCAAACGGGUUAUAUAAACCUUCAGUCGUUUACAGACGCCACCUAUGUCAAUGUUGACAAUGCAGUGAGAGACAAAGUCAGGGACGAAGCCAUCUUCUAGUGACUAUCGAUUUAACGCAGUUCGAAAUAAUUCAGUCUUGAAAACAGCUUAACACAAUACCCACAUACAUUGAAGUUCUUCUUACGUUCUGCUUGAAGUUCUGUUGUUAGCGAGCAGUUCUAGUUAAGAGCACGUGACCCUUACGAAACCCUGUUUACUUUGCUUAAUUUAAAGCUCCCGCCAGCGACCAUUCCGCGGUAAACAAUCGUGACCUCCUCUGAGAUUAACGAACUUGUUCUCGAUAAGGGAGUCCCUGCAAAACACUGGUUGCAAUUAUUCAGAACUGCAUUAAAAAAUUUGAGUACGGAGAUGAACAUGCACCUGUUCAGGGGGACUAUGAGGGCAAUAUGAAUCUGUAGCACUGCACCAAAAUACCGUGUUCUCUUAUAUAGGUACCAGAUUAUCAGACCAACUUGUACUGACUUUUCACAGGUGGUCGCUUUGAGGUAUAGUACACCUUUCGCUGUUCAUUUACAGAAAAUAUCCGUUCAUUUGUGUCCAAAUUUGUUUCAUUAUGGUCAAUAUACUCUCAUGAACACCAAAAUGAUCUUCAUUGGCGCGUAAGGAACGUUCAAGAAUAACAUUUGUAUAUGUAUUAACAUUCAAAAUCACCCAGUUACGAUUACUCCUUCCAAAUCCUCGGGAUGGUCGCAUACGAGAGCGUCAACUGUAUAGUUUAGGCCCGGGGAGGUACUCCCUUAUAUGGCUAUAUAGGGUUAUAUAGGUAUGUGCGGCCCUAAAGGGUAUGGUUUUUUAGCC